AAAUUGCUUCUAUCCAUGCUAGAGAUUAUUAGAAAUGUUAAUGUUGGUUCUUAUUUGUUCUUUCAGCUCACUGAAGUAACUGAAAACCUGACUCAUGUCUCUUCUGAAUACGACAAGCUACUGUCAGAAAAAGAAGAAAUUGAAAAAACAAUGAAUGACCACAUCUGUCAGCAACUUGACAAAAUAGCUUUACUUGAUGAGGAGAAAGAUGAGCUACAGCAAAUGGUAGAGACUUGUAAAGCAGAAAGAGAUCAGUUAGAGGCUGACUGUCUGGAAAGCAAGGAGAGAUCCUUAAAUGUUCUGACAGAAAUGGAAAACCUACAGGAAGAACUAAGGCAUCAGAAAGAGCAAGCUGAUAUCCAGAAGAACAUGUUAACAGAUGGAGAAGAGAAAUGGCAAAACACUGAAGAAAAACUAAAUGAAGAAAUAAACAAACAAAAGAAAAGGUAGUCAAGUUGAAUGAGGACUUAAAUUUGGUAACUAAGGAAAGGCACCAGCUGCUGGGAGAACUGAAAGAAAAAACAGAGCGAAAGCAGUAAACUUCAACAGUGGGAGGAGCAGUGGGACUUGUUAGCACAGGAGAGAGAUGAGCUCCAGGAGAUGCUGGAAGGUAUUCAAGCCCAGAAGAGCAAACUGGAGAUGAACCUGCAGGAGAGUGUCGAUAAGGUGCUUUAUCUUUUAUCAGAAUACAAAAACUGUAAAUGGUUGGUAGAUGAUGAUGGUUAAUUGUUGAAGCUGUCUUGAAAAAUAUCUGACAAGUAUGAAUGUCACAUACCCAGACUGAAGAAUGUUAUCGUGCUUUACCUUCUGUCUUCUGCAGUGGUAUUUAAAGAUGUAUGUAAAUUCUUUCCAAAAUGUUGUUGGAGACUGCUUUAUUUAAGAAUAAAUGAGGAACCAGAGAAUGGCUUGCACUACCAAAA